AUGGCAGAUCGUGGUGUUUUUCCGGACAAAAGUUCUGGGGUUGAUGGAGCAAUGGAGGACAUGGAUUUUGACGAAGAUGUGUGGAGUGUAUCCUAUGAGACAGACGAUUCUCCUCCAAAAACCACAAGAUCAUGCAAGGGAUCUUGUGGUUCUUCUUCUGCAUGGCGCUUACCUGCUACUCCGAGAAAGAUUCCGAGGGCUAAUUCCAAUAGCCCACCUUCUUCUGAUGCUCCAUUGGUGAAAGGUUCCUCAGAACCUAUCGAUAUCCCUGACUGGUCUAAAAUUUAUGGAAAGAGUUGGAAGAAGGAAUCAACUUUUGAUGAUGCAUGCAACAAGGAUGGUGACGAUGAGGAGGAUGAGGAUGCUGACAUGGUGCCUCCUCAUGAAUGGAUUGCAAGGAAGCUUGAAAGGAGCCAGAUUUCAUCUUUCUCUGUGUGUGAAGGGAUUGGGAGGACUCUCAAAGGGAGAGAUCUUAGCAAGGGUGCCCUUCUGCUAGAGAAACUUGAAAUGGAAUCCCUCUACACGAAGACAGAGCUGCCUUGUUUGUAUUUGUUUCUUUGUUCUAAGUUUUCUGGGAAAAAGAAGGAUUUAUAG